AUGGCGGAAUCCGCUGAUGGUGCGGUCCGAAAACUCCGCUCAGAUGUGGCGAGGCAAAUCUCAACGGGCCAAGUGAUUGUUUCGUUGAUGGGAGCCUGCAGGGAAUUGAUUGACAACGCCUUGGAUGCAGGCGCUUCAACUGUUGGUAGGUGAAGAUGAUUUUUGUCUAAAUUGGGUUGAAAUAAGGUGUGCAGGCGUCGUAAAAUAGGAUGAAAAUUGUGUCUGAAGUCUGUAGAGUUUCGGAGAGGCAAAAUUUUCGAAAAACGGGAGAAAAAAAUUUGGAGUUGGAUAAGGGGGGACCAAGGCAAGAAAUUUUCAAAAAUUUUUCGGGUGGGGUUGAUUUUUUUUUUCUAACUCUCACUGGAUCAUUAGUGGACAGUAUCAUACCUGAAUCGAAAGUUCUUACUUUUAGUUUGCUUUGAAAUUGCUGAAAAUUGUCUCUUUUUUCCAGAAGUCCGUCUCAAAGAGCACGGUGCGGAUGCGUUGGAAGUCAGUGAUAAUGGCCAUGGAAUUUCGUCGGAAAAUUUUUCAUCCCUCGGAAAACCUCAUGCAACCUCCAAACUCACCGAUUUCAACGACUUCAACAGUCUUUUGACUUUUGGAUUCCGAGGCGAAGCACUAAAUGCACUGUGCGCUCUGGGGUAAGAGAUUUUUUUAAUUUUUUUUCGGUUUUUAGGUCCGAAAUUGUGGAAAAUGAAAUCAAAUAGGAUUACAAGACCCUGCAAAAAAUGUAUUUUCUCGGUUUCAGCAAUGUUACAAUCACCACGCGCCAUAAAUUGGCCAAAUUGGGCACUAAAUUAACAUUCUCCCCGACUGGCGAAAUUUUCUCGCAAACCGUCGCAACUCGACCAAUAGGCACUACAGUUUGUGUGGAGAAGCUGUUCCACGCAUUGCCGGUGAGACGAAAAGAAUUUGUGAAGAAUGCGAAGCGAGAAAUGCAUCGGUUGUUGGGCGCAGUUCAAGCAUUCGCAUUGUCCAGAACGGAUGUCCGAUUCACGGUGAGCAAUGGAAACGGAGUGUAAGUUAAGCUGGCAGUUGAGAAAAGACUUUUUUCUUGAAAAAAAUUUCGAAUCAAAAAAAAUUUUUUUUUCAAAAAAUUGCCGAAAAAUUUCAAAUUUUGAUUUUUAUUGUGUCAUUACACGGUAAAUAGUUCUGUUAUAGCACUGUAGAAUCGGUUUUAGAGCCUAUUCUUAACUUUUCGAUUUUUUUUCACUCCUGCACAGUGCAUUUUCUUGUCUUGUAAUUGAUUGCACUGUGCGAUGACAACUGCAAAAAAGUUGUUCAAUAUCUCGGUUGCCACUGCACACCAAGAGCUAAAAUUUUCGCUAUUUAAUUAGCGGCCCAUAUAGACUCUUUUUGCAAGACUUGAAGGAAAUCGGAAGGUUACACUUGGCGCACUUGCCUUUGUGUCUACUACAAUAUAAUGAAAAAUAACGCCAGCCAAGGUGCGCCUUAUGAGUGUGUAUUUCAAAUUCAAGACAAGCUCAUAGUUAAAAUCAAGGCGGCCUGGAAAUGAUCACUUGUUUCUCAUCACAAAAAUCCACAGGAUGAAAAUGAGCGACACCGCCACGGAGGUCAUUACAUAUGCCUGAAAUUGGCAAAGAAUCGAGGGUAUAGCUUUGGGGAGGCUCAAACUUACAAAGCAGACGACAAGAAGGGUGAUUCGUGGUUGGGGCAGGCCUGCAACUCCAUAAAGAACCGUUUCAACCACGCCCAGCAAACUGGUGAAGGCAUAUCCGGACAUAAACUGGAAAAGAAAAUUUAGUUGGGGAAAUUAGAGGGAUAAAGAAGAAAAAAUAGGUGUUGAAGAGUUGAUUCCGAGAGAAUACAGUGGCGGACCUGAUACAGUGGCAAAAAACCUAUAAUUUUGCAUCCGGGAAGUACCAAAAAAUGUAGCAAAAUACCUCCCUCUCCAAGUGAAAAAACUCCGAUUUCAAAAUCGCGCCCGCCCUUUUUGUGAGGGCCCUUCAAACGGAGUUUUUUCACUUGAAGAGGGAGGUAUUUUGCCACAUUUUUUGAUACUUCCCGGAUGCAAAAUGGUACGUUUUUUGCCACUGGAUCAGGUCCGGCAGGUAUGUUGUCAAUUGGGAAAGUUGGCAAUUGGGAAAAGAUACAAUUGGGGAAACUGAGAAAUAUUUUUCUUCUUGCAUGUACAGUGCCGGACUUGAUCCAGUGGCAAAAAAAUCUACUAUUUUGCAUCCGGGAAGUAUCAAAAAAUGUGGCAAAGUGCCUCCCUCUCCAACUAAAAAACUCUGUUUUGAAGGGCCUUUGCAAAAAGAGACCCUUCGAAAUCGGAGUUUUUUCACGUAGUAAGGAAGUAUUUUGCCACAUUUUCUGAUACCUCCCGGUUGCAAAAUGGUACGUUUUUUGCCACUGGAUCAGAUCCGGCACUGUAAGUUUUCGAAAUGAGGAUAAUCGAUGGCGUUGAUUUCAAAAAUCAUAUUCAUUUUUUUUGAUCGUUACUUUUUUCUUAAAUAGUGUUGUAAAGUAGUAAUUUAUCGAUUUUUUUCACAAAAAUGCCCGAUUCAGGGUUUUUUUCGAUGGUGCUGAUUUCAAAUCACGAAAAAUGAAUGUCACUUUUGAAAUCAGCACCAUCGAAGACCCCUGAAUCGAGUAUUUGUAAGAAAAAAAUCGAAAAAUUACUAUUUUACAGUACCGCUUAAAAAAAGUAACGAUCAAAAAAAUCAAUAUGAUUUUUGAAAUCAACGCCAUCAAUUAUCCUAAUUUCGAAACUUACCUACAAGAAAAAUAAUAUUUCUCAGUUUCCCCAAUUGUCUCUUUCCCCAGCUGUCAACUUCCCCAAUUGACAACGUUCCUAUUCUCUCAUAAUCAACCUUCCCAACCGUCGCUCCGCCGGAGAGAAAAAACCCACCACAAACGGCGGAAUCCUAUCCUUCAUCCUGACGGAGGAGUACAUAAAGUGGAUAAAGAUCAGUAGAAUGGUCGAAAUGCACGUGAAACUGAAUGCCACCACGAUUUUCACAUCCGACUGCCAGUCAUAGAGGAAGAGGACCAGAGUUAUGGGGACUAGACGGGUUUGCUGAAACAAAAAAAUGUUAGACUAGGCGUAAGCUGGGCCUGAGUGGCUGAACUGAAGUUUGAAGCCCGGCUUGGUUUUCGGAGCGGAAUUUUUGUUUGAUCUGUGUCCAAAAACGUCUCCAAAUGCAUCCAGCAGACAUUUUUAAUGCUUCCGCAUGCCUUCUUUUAGUGAUGAGCAUGCGGAAGCAUUGAGAAUGUCUCCUGGAUGCAUUUGGGAACGUUUUUGAACACUGCACUCAAACUUUUGUGUUGCAGGUGGACAGUUUUUCUUUUUUGGUCAGAAACAAGGGAGUAGAACCUCCAUUUUCUGGCCCGUUCAAAAAAAAACAGCUUUUUUUUGUAUUUUCCGGGCUGCGCCCGAGGAGUCUUCCUUCUUGGCCAAAAAAUGUUCGGGAACCUGGAAUUUUAAGGGCAGAAUGAAGGGAUGUAAUGUUUUUGACUUGUCUGCCAUCUCAUAUGGGGUGAAAAAUUUGAGGACUAGCCAAAAGCGAGUUUUUAGUGAAGGCUCGGGCGCAGCUCGGAAAAAAUUUUUUUUUGUGGCGGGGCAAGAAGUGAGCUUUUGGCUUUUUAACUGGGUGAAGGCUUUGCCUGAAAGUGAAGAAAAAGUUUGAGGGCUAGCCAAAAAACAGUUUUGAAUCAAGGCUCGGGCGCAGUUCGGAAAAAAUUUUUUUGGAAUGAGCCAGACAAGUAAGCCAACAAGCAGUUUUUUUUCGAGUAGUUUAGAGAAGGCAUAACUUACAAAAAUAAACUGGCUGAGAAACGACUGAAUCCGCAGUCGCAUCGUGCCCGGCCUGGCAUGGACCGGCGGCAUUGUCCGCGCCGUGCGCUCACUCUUCUCGACGUUGGCCUUUUUGCCCUUUCUGCUUCUGGCGGAACUCCGCUGACUCCGUUUCGAACCGUUCUUCAUUUUUGAUAUCCAACGGAAUUGCGAGAAAAAAAAAUUCUUGAAAAUUUUUUCGAAAUUUUUUUUCAAAUUUCGAAUUAAAAUUUUCGGUUUCAGAAAAUCCUUUCAAAUUCUCAACUCGCCUGGCAAUAAUUCGCCCGUAAUGCAGGUGAUGACCUCGCUUUUUGGGGCUUCGGUGUCCAAAAAAUCUCUGAUUCCGAUCAAAUCGGCCGAACCGGAUGAGAAAUGCCUCGAAAUUUACGAACUGCCCAAUGACGAGGCGGUGAAAAAGGAAUGCGAACAGAUCACGCUGACUGGCUAUGUGAGCAAUUGUGAGGCUGGUAGGUCAUUUGUAAUGACGAUUUGAGGUCAUCGAAAGAAAAAUUUUGAAUUUUGCUCAAUUUUUUUUUUUUUUUUUUUUUUUUGAGUUUUGCUCGAUUUUUUUGGAUUUUUCCUUUGUUUUUUUAAAUUUUUUGAUUAAAAAAGCAAAUAUAUCACGUUUUUAUAGGAAAUGGACGGCAUGUAAGCGAUCGACAAUUUGUCUUUAUUAAUAAACGACCAGUCGAUCAUGCCAAAGUAAGUGAAUAAAAAAGUGCUCUCGAUUUUGUUCAAAUUUUGCAUGGAUACUCUAAAUAGACCGUAUAUUAAUCCCUGAAAAUUUUGUCUCACCCUUUGCAUCCACAGCCGAGAUAUUAGGCAAUCUUUUUUUUCGAGAGAGCACGCUAAAUGAGGAGAGACUGUCAGAGAAAAACGACUAGCUUUUUUGGCUAUGUCUUCGCGAAUUUUGCUUGGAAAAAAUGAUUUUUUAUUAGAAUAUUGUACUCCCCAUAUGUAACUGACUUUGUUUUAGUUGAAGCCAAAAAUUUGAAAAAAAAAUUUUUUUUGGGAAUUUUUCGAACUUUUUUUGAAAUUUUGGGCUUCAAUAAACCAAGAUUUGGUACAUGUCUGGAGCAUAAUUUUUCUACAAAAAAUCUAUUUUUUCCGAGCAAAAUUCGCGAAGACAUAUCCAAAAAAAUAGUUUUUCUCUGACUGUCUCUCCUCGUUUUGCGUGCUCUCUCUCUAAAAAAAGAUUGCUUAAUAUCUCGGCUGUGGGUGCAAAGCGUGAGACAAAAUUUUCUGAGAUUAAUAUGUGGUCUAUUGAGAGUAUUUAUCCAACGUUUGAAGAAAAUCGGAGGGUGUUGUUUUGGGGUACCCCAGAUUUUUUUUGAUUUUGAGAUUUUUAGAAAAAUUUUUUAUUUUUUUUUUGCUUUUUUAUAUUUUUUGAAUGUUAAUUUAUUUUUUAUAUUUUUUAGCUCUGCAAAAUUGCCAACGAGCUGUACAACGUCUUCAACAAGAAUUCCUACUGUAUUUUAGUCCUCUUUAUCGAAGUUGAUCCAUGUGAGUUCAACGUAAAAUUAUUUAUGUUUUUCCAGCCCAACUGGACGUGAAUGUCACCCCGGACAAGAGGAUUGUCUACUUGCGGAAUGAGAAGGAGCUUUAUGCCAAAUUCCGAGCCUCUUUGUUGGCCACGUUCGAAAGUGUGGCGGGAAAAAAUACGGUGGCCAGAGAGACGUUGCCCACACAGAGCCAGAUGUUCACCGCGAAGGAUUGUGAGUCGAAAUUUGAUGUGUAAACAAAAAAAUGAAAAAAAAAAUUUUUUUUGGUCGAAAAAAUUUUUUGGUCGAAAAAAAAUUUUGGUCGAAAAAAAUUUUGAUCAAAAAAAUUUUUUGGUCGAAAAAAAAUUUUUGGUCGAAAAAGAAAUUUUGGUCGAAAAAAAAAUUUGGUCGAAAAAAAUUUUUGGUCGAAAAAAAUUUUGGUCGAAAAAUUUUUUUUGAUCAAAAAAGCUUGUAAAUAUACAUUUCCUUAUUUUUUUACCUCACAUUUUGCAUAAAUCAUUGGAAUUUUUUGCCAAAAAAUUUCCAAAUUUCCCAUUUUUCCAAUAAUUUUUUUUUCAACUUUUAGUCCCCGCCAAUGACAGUAGAACCGAUGACUACGACCUGUAUGGAUCGCCCGCCUCUUCACCACGCCCAGAACCCGUCAAUAUCUCGGGAAUGUUGAGGAAUGAACGGGAGGAGAAGGGCAAAAGAGGCAAAGAAAAACAACGAAAGGAACGGUCGGAAAAAGGACCUCCGCCACUGAAAAGACCCUGCACCAUGGACAGUUUUGUCAACAGGCUGAGCAAAAUGGUAUGUUUAGGAGUUGUAGGGGAUGUAGAAGGCAAAAAAAAUGAAGGAGGUUUAGGUGAAUUUUGAGAAUUUUUUAAAAACGCGAUUUUUCUCUAAAAAAUUGAAAUUUUUCGAUUUUUACUGCGGAUUUAGCUGUGGUUGACCCUAAUUUUUUAACUAAAAAUUGUUUCAGGGCUUGGUUUAUUGUUGAGAAUGAGUUUUGAGAUAAAAUCCGCAAAGGUUGGGCAAGGGGGACCAAAAAAUUUUUUUCUGAAAACUUGGUCCCAUCUUACCACACUUUUUUCAAAACGUGUUAUUGAGUUUCCUAGGCCUUUAUUAUAUCAUUUGCGAUGUCUUUGACAAAUUUGGAGUAGAUUUGUCAUCAAAUUUUAGAAUUUUUUUUGAUUUUCCAAAAAUUUUUUCUCCCAAAAAUAAAAUUAUUUUUUCGUUUCAGGAAGAUGUUGUUUCGUCUCCCCGACUUACUCAAACAGUCCAACUACAAAGCCGCUUGAAUGCAGAUGACUUUCACAGCGAAAUCGACCGCAGCUUUUUGGCGAAUUCGACGGCUUUGGACGAGGUUAUCAACCUGGAGAAUGAUGGGGAAUUUAAUUCAAAUCGGAUCAGUGGAGGUGAUCAGGGUGAAGUUAGAGGUCUUACAGAAGAGACAUUGUCUCAGGAUAGUCGAAAUGACACGACAUUUGAGGAUAUUCCAGUGGGAAGUGGGCUAAAAUUGAUCCCGAUAUUAUCCAUGCCACCUGAAGAAAAUUCGAAAAAUUUUGAUGAAGAUUGCGUUGAUGGUGAAGAUAAUGAUGAUCAACGCGACGAAGAAGGAUUUUUGGGGCUCUCUGAGGAAGAUUAUGUCCCGUUGUGGAGGGAGAUUGAAGAAUCGGACGUCAGAUCGGAGGUGUUUUCAUAUAACUUUAGGUCUCAAAAGACCCAAAACAACUUGGAAGAAGAGCACGAAAAGUGUUGUGAAGAGUCUACAAGCGAUUUGGAUGUAAUUUCCAACACGGAUUUUGACGAACCACCCGAGAAAGCGGAAGAAAAAUUGAAUUUGAUGCUGAAGUAGGGUCAAGUGUGAUAUAAAGUGAGAUAAAAAAUUUUGUUCCCUUUUUCAGAGCAGAAAACUUUGCGGAGAUGGUGGUGAUAGGCCAAUACAAUAAUGCCUUCAUAUUGGCUCGACAUGGGCAAGAAAUUUUUUUGAUUGAUCAGCAUGCCGCCGAUGAGAAGUACAACUUCGAAUGGCUGCAGAAAAACGCGAAAGUCAAGUCGCAAGGAGUGUGUGAGUAAGUGUUUUGGACUGUUUGUUGGUUUUUAGGAAGUCGGAGAGAAAUUUGGAGGAGAAUUUUGUAGUAAUUUGGUAGUCGCACUGUGCAGAAGUUUGAUUUUUUUGGUCGGAAAAUUCAAAAAAAAUUGUCAGAUUUUGAUAAAACUUGGCUGAAAUGUGGAAUAAAGUGGUUUAAAGCGACUAAAAAAAGUUUUAGGCCGCGUUUUGCAGAAGUCAGGGGUUUUUUGAUCAAAAAAUAAAAAAAAAAAUUUUGAAAAUUUUAUUUUUUUAUUCGAAAUAAAAAAAAUAUCUUAAAAAACAAGAUUUUUAUCAAGUUUUCCCCUAAAAAUCUCGACUUUUUGAGAAUUAAAAAAACAUUUUCAAAAUUUUUUUUUCCAGCCAACGUCAAAUGUCCCUCGGCCCCGUGGAAGAAGCUGUCCUUAUUUCUCACCUGGACAUCCUCGCAGCCAGCGGCUUCGAAUUCGAAGUGAAUGAGCAGGCUCCGUCCGGCCAAAGAGUCCUGUUAGCCUCCGUCCCAACAGUUUGUGGCUGGCACUUCGAUGCAUCAGACAUUGAGGAGUGCAUCUCCGCCCUACGCCAAUUCCCCUCAACCAUGUAUCGACCGGUGAAACUGCGGAAAAUUUUCGCUUCGAAAGCGUGCAGAAAAUCGGUCAUGUUCGGGGACACAUUGAGCAUGGAGAAGAUGGUCAAAAUUGUCAGACAUAUGGGCGCUAUGGAGCAGCCGUGGGUGAGUAAUAAAAUUUUUUAAAAAAAUUUAAAAAAAUAAAAAAAAAAAUGAAAAUUCACAAAAAAAAUUUUUUGAAUAAAACAAAAUUAAUUUAUUUCUCAAUUUUUCAAAUUUGAAAGAUCGACUAGUCCGUCCAGAAAUACGCCGGACUGAUUUUUGCCGUUUGCACUGUGCGAAAAAAAGUCAGGGUGCGAGCGACAGCCGAAAAGCGAUUGCACGGUGCAAAAAGCAAGAAAAUUGCACGGUGCAAAGAAAACCUUUGUUUUGUCGCCGAUUUCAGUCCGGCGACUUUGCGGAAGGCAAUUGCACUGUGCGAAAAAAGGUCAGGGUGCGAGCGACAGCCGAAAAGCGAUUGCACGGUGCAACGAGCAGGAAAUUGCACAGUGCAAAAAACAAAAAAUUGCACAGUGCAAAGUGAACUUUUGUUUUGUCGCCGAUUUCAGGCUGGCGACUUUGCGGAAGGCAAUUGCACUGUGCGAAAAAAGGUCAGGGUGCGAGCGACAGCCGAAAAGCGAUUGCACGGUGCAAAAACCCGCAAAUUGCACGGUGCAAAGAAAACUUUUGUUUUCGCACAGUGCAUGUCGCCGAUUCCAGUCCGGCAGACCUUGAAAUUUGGAAAAAUUGGGAAGAUAAAUUAAUUCUAUUUUAUUAAAAAACCUUUUUUGUGGUAAUGUGAUAAAAAUUGGUUUAAAUUUAGUGAAAAUUUUUCUAAAAGUAUAUUUUUUUAAAAUUUCCAAAUUUUUCGGUCGAAAAAAAUCGACAUUUUCAAAAAAAAAAAAAAAAAUUAUUUGAUUUUCACAAAAAUGAAUUUUAUAGCAAUUUUUUACUUGAAAAUCCCCCAAAAAAAUGUUUUAGAACUGUCCCCACGGUCGCCCAACAAUUCGGCAUGUUUGCACGUUGAAGGAUCAGAUUGAAGCUCCACUCUCCGAAUGCGAUGAACAAGAAGAAUCGUCGCAAGAAACGGAUAUCACUUUUGAUAUCAGCAUGGAUGAGGAGACGUUUGAGAAGGAAAAUUUGAAUGAAACGCAAUAUGAGGGGGAAAUUUGUGAGUUUUUUUGAUUUUUUUUUUUUUUUUUGAAAUUUGCGAAAAAAAAUAUAUAUUUUGAUUUUUUAAAUAUUUGGGAUUUUAAAAUAUUUUUUGUCAGUAUUUUGCAGAAAUAAUGGGGAUUUUUAAACCCAAAAAAUAAAAAAAAAUUUUUUUUUUUUGAAAUUUUUUCUGUUAAAAUUGAAGAGAAAAACUUAUAAAUUUUGAUGGAGCCUAGCAAAAAUUUAGAUUUUGUAGUUUUUUAAGACAAAUUUAAGAUUUUUUGCGUCUAUUUUGCAGAUACAAAUCCGUUCGGAAAGUCACAAUUUUCGCACGGUGCAAACGGCUGAUUUUUGCUGUUUGCACUGUGCGAAAAAAUUCAGGGUGCGAGCGACAGCCCGAAAAAGCAUAUUGCACUUUUUGAAAGUUCUAAUAGCAGCAUCGAGAUUUUUAGGUCGAUCUUGAAACUUCUGGGGUAAAAAAUUGAAUUUAUUUGUUUUCAAAAAAAAAAAAAAUAAUUUAUAAAGUACUUUUUCUUGAUCUAUCCUUCAAUUUCUCACCUUCUAAAAACGGCUCCAGUCUACAAAAGGAUGUGGUUCAGACGCUGUUUAUUUGCCCUGUUCCCAACAUCCAAAAACUGAAUGUGGUCGGUCCCGAAUCGUGACCUCCAAAAGUCGCACGUCUCUAUUACUUUCUCACCUUUUUUUUGGUUUCUUGGUGCGCCAAAAUUCGGUCGAUUAUGUUUACUUUUUGCGCGGUAGGUGCUGUUGAAAGUAAAAUAGGGUAAAGUCAUGGUUAUGACGUUGGUGGAGCAUGAUGUUUUUCAAAAUUGAAGGCUGAAGACGGUAGAGUUCUUGAGAAAUUGGUGUCCUCUCAGCAUAAUUUUUUGGUGAUUUUAAAGGUUUUAAAGGCAUGUUUCAGAUUUCUACGUCGUAUUUUACAAGGCCCACGGGGAUUUUUAAGUUAAAGCUUCUCUUUAGGGAGAACAAAUUUUGAUUUUUUUUUGAUUUUUGAGGAGAAUUUUGCGUUUUGCGAAACAUUUUUCUUACUAGCUGGCCAAUAAAUCACGGAAGAGAAUUCGAUAAAUUUAGCUGUUUUUUAAAAUUUUGCGAAAAUUUUUUAUUUUUAAAAAGUUUCUUGGUACUCACAGGCAUGACUUUCUCAGUGAAUCACGGAUUAAUCUCUUACGCUGCCUCAGGCUAAAAUCAAAAAAAUUACGUAAAACGCGAAAAAAUAUUGAGCUCCUAUGGCUUAGAAUACACUAUUUUCUACUCCAAAAAACAAUGACUACCUUGUGGGGAUUAUGGCCUUGUUGUUUUAUUACCACAAUUUCCGGUCGAUUUAUCGGCUGAGAAAACGUCGAGACAAGGCGUAAGCAGAUUGAUGGAUAACCUGAAGUCGACAAAAAAGUCGAGAAAGAGUUCGAAAUAAGCCUGGGUUUGUGAUCAGAAAGUAUCACUGAUGCAAAAAGAAAGCUUUAGAAAGCUACAGUGAGGGACCAGAUCCAGUGGCAAAAAACGUCUCAUUUUGCAUCCCGGAAGGGACCAAAAUGUCUCCAAACCUUUCCCUUCUCUAAGCUAAAAAACCCCGCUUGAAGAGCCCGCCUUAACGGAAAGGGUGCGCUUUUCAAAGCGGAGUUUUUUAGCAUAGAGAAGGGAAGGGUUUGGAGAUGUUUUGGUCCCUUCCGGGAUGCAAAAUGGGACGUUUUUUGCCAUUGGAUCAGGUCCCUCACUGUACUGCACUAAAUUAGGUGAUAGUUGUAAGGCUUUACGUGAUGCUUUCUGAUCUCAAACCCAGGCUUAUUUCGACCUUUUUCUCGACAUUUUUUGUCGGCUGAAGAUUACCUAUGUAUCAGUCUGUUUACGCCUUGUCUCGACGUUUUCUCAGCCGAUAAAUCGACCGGAAAUUGUGAUAACAGAAGGGCAAGACAAUAAUCCCCAAAGGUAGUCAUUGUUUUUUGGAGUAGGAAAUAGUAUAUUCUUAGUCAUGGGAGCUCAAUAUUUUUUCGGGUUUUGCAUAAUUUUUUUUGAUUUUAGCCUGUGGCAGCGUAAGAGAUUAAUCCGUGAUUCACUGGGAGAGUCAUGCCUGUGAGUAACAAGAAACUUUUUAAAAAUCAAAAAUUUUCGCAAAAAUUACAAAACAGCUAAAUUUAGCAAUUUUUUCAGCGAAAAAAUUCCGUUGAUUUCUGCAAAGCGCGAGCUAAAAGGCUCAAUUAUGGAAAAAAUUUUAAAAUAAAAAAAUUUUUGACUAAAUUUUUGCCAAUUUUUACCGAAAUCUAAAAGCUUUUUGGCACAGUGCAAAAAAAUUUUUUUUUCAACUUGCACUGUGCAUUUUGAAAAAAUGAUCUCCUUGCAAAAAAAACCUUUAUUUACACAGUUGGAGCCCAUUAUUUUGCCUCUAUCCACGUAAAAUUCAAACACCGUUGCCUACUGUUGUUGACCUUUUAGCUUGCGGACAUGUCUCCCGCCGAAAACCCGCGUGUAUUUGCUCAAAAUCGACCGUAAUCUUCGAAAAAAGUUCGAGCCCGGUGGGGUUCCGCACGUGGCAAAACAACCCGAAAGAGAAGCCAGGCGCUCUGCCAAAUGUUGACUCAAACGUUGUUGUAUAUAACAAAACAAUACCCAUUGUUACAACAAACAGGAAAUUUUUUUCUUUUAAGGUGGUCUUGGCUUGAUCCCGACAUGAAAUGCGACCGAAAACGGCCCGAAAUCGCGGUUGAAAUUUUGGUUCCGGAUUUUUGUUGUCUCAAAAAAAGAUUUUUUUUCGGUUUUUUGCACUUAUUUUGAAGGUAUUGUAGUCGAAAUGCACGGUAGUAUAAAGUAAAUAUUAUUUCCAAAAAAAAAAUUUGUUACGAAAGUGGAUUAAGUCAACGGGUUUUUUGAAGGUAUAUAAACGCGAGAUUGUAUUCAUAUUUUCGAAAAAAGAAUUUUCGAAUUUUAAGUGUGCUAAAUUUAGAAUAUGAAGUGGACCUUAGUUGUUUUGUUCGUAAUUACGAUGAUUUUGGCGGUUAAUGGAGAGCAAGGUUGGUUGUGUUACUAGUAGGGGUUACUGAGUAAAAAUAGGGCCUAAUAAGCUCAUAGUUUUGAGCCAGAAAGAUGUAAUGGGUCAAAUUUCAAAAGUUUAUGCUGAUUUUUUGGCAAAGGAAGUGUUCAAAGUCCGACGCUUAGAUUUUUUUCAAAUUUUGAGCAUGCAUUGUAUCUUUGCCACACAUUAAUUUCUAAAAAUUUUGGCUCGAGCCUUGCAAGAACAGUCGAGAUAUUCAACGAUCUUUGCCGAUGAGAGAGUACGAAGAAUGAGGAAAGCGGCCAUAGAGAAUUGUAUUUUUCGCUUAUAUCUUUGUGAACUUGGCAUUGAAAAGAACGAGUUUUUGUGGAAAUGUUGCUCACCAUAUCAAACAAAACAGAGUCCUAUGGGAAGUCAGAAUACUGUAUAUGUAUUGCUUCUCAUAUGGUGAGCAACAUUUCCACAAAAAAUCCUUCUUUUCCAUGCGAAGUUCACAAAGGUAUGAGCGAAAAAUACAUGCUAUUCUCUCCGCCGCUCUCCUCCGUAUCCGGGAAGUAUCAAAAAUGUGGCAAAAUACCCCCCUCUAUGACUGAAAAGCGCCUUGGAGUUUUUUUUCACUUGGAGGGGUAUUUUGCUACAUUUUUUGAUGGCUCCCGGAUGCAAAAUGGUACGUUUUUUGCCGCCGGAUCAGGUAGUAUCAGAUAGCUGUGUAAUUUAAAAUAUUUUACGUUUUCUUUCAGAAUUCUCGGUCCUCCGCUCCAUCCUGAAACGGCACGCGGACUCGGUGUGCGGAUGCCCGCCCAAUCAUGCCUGUGUAAUGUACAAAUGCAUUCCUCCCGUACCGGGUCAUCAGUAA